CAGUGCUUUUGGAGAUAAAAGAAGACACCAGUAGACAUGUAUUUACAGCUGACAGGUUUCAUUUUAUUGGCAUUAGUGCAGCACCAAGCAUGGGGUUUCUUAGAGUCGAACCACAAGCCUAUACUGAUAUGCCAUUGCGACGACCUAUCGAGUGACGUCAGCGAACAUUGUACAAAUAACAAGAACGACAUUUGUAGGGACAGCGGUACAUUUGGAACGUUCGCAGAGACGCGGAAAUGGUUUAUAAACGGGAAGUGGUAUAUAACUAGAAGCGAGGCAACAGAGGGAAGUUGUCGUACUCGUUGGUAUGAAACGGUUUAUAAUCCGGCUUGUGUCGGUUCCUUUACGGGAAGGCCACCCAACGGCACACUCUGCUACCAAUGUUGCGCCACAGAGCUGAGAGGGGAACCGUAUUACUGUCUGAAUAAUCCAGAUGCCAACACAGUAACAUACCCUACAACGACAUCUACCACUACCCCGACUACUACUACUAUUACUACAACAACUACUACUACAACUACUCCUACUACUACUCCUACUACUACUACUACAACUACUACGACAACGCCACCACCUACAACUACAAUUUCAAUGAAAAGUCAAUGUGAAGUCUGUGGGAUAAGUAGCGGACUGAACUGCACAGACCCACGUCACGUGGCUUGCGGUGAUACGGAGCCAUUCUGUAUGAACACGCUGAUAUCAGAUGGUGACAACAUGACAGUAUCCGUUCGCAAGACAUGUGCAACGGAAACAGAGUGUUACUAUGACUCGUAUCUAGCAAGAACCUCUUCCCCACAUUGCGCAACCCUAUCCGGUGCUUUCGAUAAGAAAGGGGCGUGUCACUAUUGCUGUCAAUCAAAUUCAGGGGACGCAACUGCUUGCAACAUCAAUCCAAUUCCAGAUAAAUUGGCUAGUUUCGAAAAUCACGGUUCAGAAGGAAGCAGAUGUGAGGUUGGUUCGAAUGGAAACUAUCAGGUCCAAAAGUGCGAUAACUCUUCUCCAAUGUGCAUGAAUACAGUAAUCAAGUCUUCGAACAUGACGGUUAUAAGGAAAACGUGUGAAACAAAAGCACUUUGCAACACAGAUUGGUGGAUUCUAACAAGAACACAGCGUCCCGAUUGUUUGGUUUCAAAUAUGACGUCACUUGCGGUUAAUGGCGAUGGAAUAGUGUGCCAUUAUUGUUGUUCAUCAAAGGAUGCGCAUGCGUGCAAUGUGGAUGACAUACCGAGCGAUGCGAUAACCCAUUACCCCUCGACAAACACUACAGGUGAUGUUGUAAUCGGCUAGGCUGUAAGGGACCAAAUCGUAUUCCCGAUAUGUUUUUCUGUUAUAAUAAAUACGUACAAUUAGGGUAAUAACUCUUU